CCAACAGCUCAUCAUCGUCAUCUUUCUUCUUGUGGCUGUCAAUAAAGGAUCCUAACGCGGAAAUGUCGACGACGACGGCGACAACGAGCAGCAUUCCAGCUGCAGGAAUCGAGGAUCUUCGUUUCGGACUCACCGACUAUACGGUGUUUGUCGUCAUGCUGUCCAUGUCGGCGGCCAUUGGCGUUUACUUUGGUUUCUUUGCCAAGGGCAAGAAUACCACGGAUGAAUAUCUGCGAGGUGGCAAGAAAAUGCAGACACUUCCCAUAGCCAUAUCGUUGGUCUCCAGUCAACUUUCGGGCGUCGCUAUCAUGUCGGUUCCUGCGGAGAACUAUUCUUUUGGAUUUACGUUUAUAUUCGCUGUGCUAGCCAUGAUUCCUACUAUACCAAUUGUGAUUUACAUCAUUGUGCCUACUUUUUACGACAACAACAUUCUCAACUGUUAUGAGUAUCUGGAGUUACGUUUCAACAAGCGAACGCGUCAACUGAUCACAAUGACAUUUAUAUUGAAUCAAUUCCUCAUGUUGCCCGUGUACAUGUUUAUACCCUCGCUCGCCUUCUCACAGGUGACUGGCGUCAAUAUACAUCUCAUCAAUGUGGUGGUCUCUUCGGUCUGCGUUUUCUACACAAUGUUGGGUGGCAUCAAGGCUGUUGUGUGGACAGAUGUGGUGCAGGCUGGCGUCAUGCUCAUCUCUGUGGUCAUGGUGGGUGUCCUGGGCACAAUGCGUACUGGAGGAUUGAGCACAGUGCUGGAGUAUGCCACUGAAGGCGGCCGCAUGGACUUUAUAACGGGUUUUGAUCCUCGACUGCGUGCAACGGUGUGGAGCAGCUUGUCCAGCGGCAUGCUGCUGUGGACGGGCAAGAUUGCGCUCGAUCAGAGCUGCGUGCAACGAAUUGUGUCGCUGCCUUCUUAUGGUCAUGCCAAAAAAUCCCUGUACGUUGCUGGCGUUGGCUUUCUGGUCAUCAUGUUCUUCAAUGCCUUUGCUGGCAUCAUUAUGUUUGCUCGUUAUUACGGCUGCGAUCCCAUGUUGGCUGGAUUGGUCAGCAAGCCGGACAAAAUGAUGCCCUUCUUCAUACAGGACAUCAUGGGCAACUUGGCUGGCAUGCCAGGACUCUUCAUCUCCUGCGUGUUCAGCGCCUCGCUUAGCUCACUUUCGGCCAGUCUUAAUUCUCUUGCAGGCGUGGUUUAUUUCGACUACAUCAAACCGCACAUUCGACACACAGAAGCCCGAGCCAACGGCGUCAUGAAGUUGAUUGUCAUUGGCAUGGGAGGCUACUGCAUUUUGGGUGGCUUACUUGUGCAGAGAUUCAAGUCGAUCCUCCAGACAAUGUGGACGAUAACCGGCAUCAAUAUGGGCGCCGUUGUGGGUGUCUUUUUGCUGGGCAUGUUUGUUCCGCGGGUGAAUGGAAAAGUCGCCGUGACCAGCAUUCUGUUCAGUGUGAUUGUGAUGGCCUGGAUUAUAAUCAAUGGACAGCUGAACUUUAAAGCCGGUCUUAUCAGAUACGAUCCAUUGCCCAAUUCUCUGGAUCAAUGCGAGGCUCGUGGACUACAUUCCAUACGCAAUGCAUAUAACGCCACAUUGCCAACCACAGCAGCCACAACAACAGAGCCAACUCAGGUUACAACCGCCCUUGGCAGCAACCGCGACUUUUCCGUCUAUGAUAUAUCCUUCUAUUGGUAUAAAGUGAUUGGUGCCAUAUUGAUAUUCGUUUGGGCGAUACCCAUGAGCUAUGUUUGGCCACGAGACAAGAAUGAGAAGCAGAAUCCAAAAUUGUAUUCACCAUUUGUACGUCGCAUGCUAAGUGCCACUGAGCCUGUUUUGGAGCUGGAGGAGUUGCCACUGAAAGAAAAUGAAAAGGAGACUAAUGGAGUUGCACAAGAGAAGCAGCAGCAGCCGCUUUAAUGUUAUAUAGAAGAAAACGCAUGUGUUAUCUCUCUUUUGCAUUUUUAAAAGAUUUAUUUACAAAAGAAUAUUUAAAUGAAGAAUUAUGCUUACACAAAAAGUAUCCAGCUACAUACAAAAACGGUCUCUUGACUGAUUAUUUCAGCAUUUCAGUUUUGU